AUGGAUCAACCUUCUUGGUCAAUUCCCUCUUAUGACUGUCCUUCCAUAUUUGACGAUGUAUGCAGAUGGUUAUGUGAGAAUGAUGUUGAUCAACAGAUGGAAGAGAUUUCAAUUGAUAGCUAUAUAUGGGACCAAAGCGUCUCCAACAACUCAAGUGAUGUGUGUGCAUAUGUCCCAUAUGAACUGCAAUCAUCCGUUGUACAUGAAGAUGAUGCCAUAGAAACGGAGUCAUGUUUGGGACUCGAGAACUUACUCAUGGCUCAAGCAGAGGCCAUGGGGUUAGGACAAAUAAAGCUAGCCGAGGUGAUACAAAAUUGUGUAAGUCAAAAGGCUAGCCCUGUGGGUUUAGCUCUUGAACGUUUAGCCCUUAACUUGUUUAAAAGCCAAGAAGAGGAGUACCUUAAACAAGAAGCAAUGAAAAUCUUCAAGAAAGCAUUCACAACCUUCUAUACAGUCUUUCCUUAUGGGCGGCUUGCUCAUUUCACAGCGAAUUCAGUGAUCACUGAAGAGGUUCCACCCUACGUCGAAACAAUUCACAUAGUUGACUUUGACUUAUGUGAAGGAAGUCAAUGGCCUCCAGUCAUGGAAGCCAUAGCAAAAAUGCACAAAUCAUUGAUCAUCAUACGUAUCAAACCUAAUCAAGAUCACGACUCUCAAUUUGAACAAACAAAGAGGCAACUUUGUAGCUUUGCAAGAAGUAUUGGGCUAACUUUUAAGGUGCAGGAGAUGGAUAUCUCACAAAUUGGCACGAAAAUGGAGGGAAAAGAGUUUGUGGUGUUUAACUGUAUGGUUGACCUACCACAUAUGGGAAGGACACGAAACAGAAAUGAAGUUACGGAUUUCCUAAAACAAGCAAGAGCAAUUUUAACCAAAAACAAAGGGAUCAUAACCUUUGGAGAUGGAGAAGAAUGCGAAAGAAUGAAAAAUUCUUCCGAUUUUUCUUCAUUUUUUAACAAGAACUUAACACACUACAAAGCACUAUACGAAUCAAUGGAAUGGGGUUUUCCAAGCAACCUUACUGAAGCAAGGAUGACUAUGGAGACCCUUUUUGUUGCGCCUUUUAUAUCAUCCAAAUCUUGGUUCCAAAAGUGGGAGGAACAAAGAGAACAUAUGGCUCUCCAAAUGGGUUUCGGUCUAAAAGGACGACCAAUGAGUAGAGAAAGCUUCAAUGAAGCCAGGGAACUAGUGAGGGAAGGAGAAAGCCCUUAUGAAAUCAGAAUCGAAGGUCAAAAUGGGAAUGAGAUGGUGUUGGAAUGGAAGGGUACUCCACUUGUGAGAGUUUCUGCUUGGAUGUAG